CUUGUUUCCCCCGCCGCCGCACCACUCGGUUCCGGUUGUUUGCAAUCCAUAUUUUGUUUAUUUACAUAAACUACAUCUUAUAAGUAAGAAAAACAUUAAAAAUGGGUGAUAAUCAUUUAAUAACGUCCAUAUUUACGGAGUUUCAAAAAACUCUUGACGAAGAGCAAGAACUGCGAGAGGUUAUACGCACAGUGUGUAAGGAGGUUGAUCAAAUCUCACGCGAGGCGGUCACAAUCCUGCAAGUUAUACACCACAGUGAGGAAGGAAUUGCCCCGGCAUGCCAGAAAGUGAGAGAGCUGUUUGAGAAGGCCCGAGCUGGGUACGCCAAGCUGCGUGAGACGGUGCCGGCUACAGACUACUAUAAGUUAGUUGGCCACAUGACGCAACGCUACUGCUUCCUCAUAGCGCUCACCAUAUGGCUUGUAAAUAGGUAGAUCACAAUAUCAAAUGGUCGCAGUGAUACACAUGAGACAGUGGCUGACGUGCUCGGCAUCAGUGCUGUGGAGGAGAAGGAAGGGUUCCACCUGGAUGUGGAAGACUACCUGGUCGGUCUACUGCAGAUGUGCACUGAACUGUCCCGACUGGCCGUGAACGCAGUGACUCGGGGCGACUACGCGCGACCUCUGCAAAUCUCCAAGUUCGUCAUGGAGCUCAACGCUGGCUUCAGACUGCUGAACCUAAAGAACGACCAUCUUCGCAAGCGGUUCGACGCCCUCAAAUACGACGUGAAGAAAAUCGAAGAGGUCGUGUAUGACCUCAGCAUCCGGGGCUCCUGCCGCGCCCGGACCCCGUCGCUGUUUAAACACAUACACCGUCAAAUAAAAAGAACCAUUCAAACUUUGCAUAGUGAUUUUUGGGGUCAUAAUGACAGCAGUUCUCGAAAAGUUUGUAUAAAAAUGAAAAAAAAAAUCCUUUUUUGUUACCAAGAUUUAUUUAAUGAAUUGCAAAGAUUUGGUUGA